AUGGAGAUGCAGCUGCAGGCAAUGACCGCAGCCAAUUGCAUGCUUCACUACAACCUGACGUUCGUGAUGCUGCACAGCGACAAAUUCACGCUUUGUAGCGCCAACCAGCAGCUGGAGGAGCUCACCAGUUGGCUCAUCCAGCCAUGCCGUUGGCAAGACACGUCGGAAGAACAGCCUAGCUCGGGCGGUGUGUCCUAUACGGAGUACGGCAGCUCCUUCAGCAGCCUCGACAACAACGAGAGCUCCAGCCGUGGCAACACACACAGUAGCGAAAGCUCCAUCUGCGACGAGAGCGCCGUUUGUGGCAGCACCGACAGCAAGGAGAGCGCCUGUGACAGUGACGACGGCACCGACGGUGGUCGCUGCACUUGCUUGCCCCUCGAGCAGUGGCCGCCUUGCAAUGAAGACCCCGAAGACGGAGAGUGGGUCUUUAUUCCAGAGGGUGGCAGUGAUGAAGAGCAUCAGCUUGGUGAGGACCGUGCAGCUUGCAGCCAUACCUUCGCGGCGGCCGAGGUGAAUCCCAAUCUCACGACUACAGACGACCCAGAGACCCCCAGCGGACCUUCUCCGGUGCUUGAGUUGCCGAGAAGCAUCGAGAUCAGCUCUGACGACCAGUCUCAGUCCUCCUCAUCACGAGAUUCGUCGCAGGAUUGCGGUCCGCGAGAUGAUCGGGUUGACGCAUCUUGCCAGACGGACUUUGAAGACUGCGAUGUCCGCAGUUCCUUGCAGGAGACCUCAGCGACGACGUGUUUCGCAAAAGGAGAUGGGGAGUGUGCUCCCUACGACCUCCUUCUGCCAGACAUGUUGCCAUACCUCAGCGUGACAGAUCUGCUGAACUGGUGCCAACUUUCGCGCCAGACCAGAAGUUCCGAGGCCUUGAUAGCGCACGUGGCCGAGAUGGGCAGCAUGGAGAGGCCCGCGUCUGUUGUGGACUUCGUGAAGAAGUGUUUACCGCGCAGGGGCAGAGCGCCAGAUGCCCCGCGCACUGUAACCUUUCGAGACGAUACCGAGCAAAAGAUCCACCAUUGUCGGCGCUGGUGCAAGGCCUUCGCCCAGCGCAAAACCCAUUGUGCAGAAAGCCGCGCUCAAUGCACUGUUGACAAGAAUCUCCAAAGUUUGCUUCGGCACUGCCUGAGUGCAGAUGCGUCCGUUGCUGCCUCCGCCCAACUCGUGGUCAUGAACUAUGCCUACAAUGCCGCGCCUUCCGUGCAGCAACGUAUUGCAGGAGCCGCGUUGGAACUCAUGGGCUCUCUGGUGCAGUCAGGCAUUCAGGACAACAUGUCGCACAUAUGGAGGUGCGUCCAGACUCUCGUGAUCGUAUUGCGCUCACUCAGCGUGCGUGAGCGUCAGAAUUGCGUGUCCCUAUUUGUCAAGCUGUUGCUGGACCCAGUCUUUCCAAAACGGAAAGUCCUGGAAAAGCUGAAGAUGCUAUGGAUAGUCGACGACGAUCCCAGGCGAACCUACGCAGAUGCACUGCAGCAGCUGCUGAUUGCCGCAAAGUCCACCACCGAAGCAGAUGUGCAGCGCGAGCUGUACAAACUCGUUACCGUUGGCUGA